UGUAUACUGAAAUGUACAGGAAACGGUCAUCGCUGCUAUAGCUGUAUGUCACGAUACUAUGGAGUCACUUGGAAAUUUGCCGGCUAUUCGAGAAUCUACGUCGAACCAAGUGCUUUCACCGACUCUUGCCGAAAUCCGCUUGGACGAGGUGCAGAGGUGCCGUUUACGUUUUGUGACGACGGUUCCAAUUGCAUCACAAUGGUAGAAGAUUUGAAGAUUGGCACUGGUGCAAAGGGCUUCAUCCGAGGCUGCUACUCGUCGCUGUUCCUCGUCGGCUUCAACCGAACUGGAUCUGUUGGGGCGCUAGCUGCCCAUUCAUUCUGUCAUACAUUCAACCUUACACAGCUACUAAGCAGAGGUCAACCUCAAGAAAGUAGCAUGAGCGUUUGUUCGUGUCGUGGACAACUAUGUAAUGGAGCGCUUCCAUCGUCGCCUGGUCGUAACUACGUACCCGGUUUCAUAGCUUCAAUAUUACUUUGUAAAGUUUUUUUGUAG